GCUGCUAGGAGACUGGAGCGGGAGCUGACUCUCUGCCUGAUUUCCCAGCUCGCUGAGGUUUCUUCCACCGACCACAAUGAACAAGUUCCUGUGCUGCACGCUUGUGCUCUUGGACAUUUCUGUUAAGUGGACCAUCCAGGACGACUCUCUCCCCAAGUAUCCUCAUUACGACCCGGGGACAUCUCGUCAACUGCUGUGUGACCAGUGCCCUCCUGGGAGCUACGUAAAGCAGCACUGUACAGCCACCAGCCCGACGCAGUGUGCCCCGUGCCCGGGUCAGUACUACGCCGAAGAGUGGAACAGCAACGAUGAAUGCCAGUACUGCAGCGCCGUUUGCAAAGAGCUGCAGUACGUCAAGCAGGAGUGCACCAGCACGCAGAACCGUGUCUGUGAGUGCAUCGAAGGCAGAUACCUGGAACUCGAGUUUUGUUUAAAGCACACAGAGUGUCCUCCCGGAUUUGGCGUUGCACAGCCAGGUACCCCUGAGAGUGACACUGUAUGUAAGAGAUGUCCAGAAGGAUUUUUCUCAAAUGAAACCUCAUCCAAAGCAGCCUGUCUAAAGCACACAAACUGUAGUGCACUGGGUUUCAAAAUAGCAUUGAAGGGAAAUGCAGUUCGUGACAAUGUCUGUCAGGAAAAUACAGAUACGGCACCUCAAAAAUGUGGAAUAGAUGUGACCCUGUGCGAGGAGGCUUUGUUCAGGUUUGCUGUUCCUACCCACCUCACACCUAACUGGCUGAACAUACUAGCAGAUAGUUUGCCUGGGACAAAGGUUAGCACAGAAAAUAUUGAAAGGAUUAAACAAAGGCACAGUUCUCAAGAGCAGACCUUCCAGCUUUUGAAAUUAUGGAAGCAGCAAAACAAAGAACAGGACAUGGUCAAGAAGAUUAUUCAAGACAUCGAUCUUUGUGAAAACAGUGUCUUAAAGCAUAUUGGCCACCCAAACCUCACCUUUGAACAUCUCAACACACUGAUGGCAAGCUUACCAGGCAAGAAAGUGGGAAAAGAAGAUAUCGAGCGCACAAUGAAACUAUGUCAACCUACAGAGCAAGUUCUGAAGCUUCUCAAUCUGUGGAGAAUAAAGAAUGGUGACCAAGACACCAUUAAAGGUUUAAUGUAUGGACUGAAGCACUUGAAAACAUACCACUUUCCGAAACGAACCAUCCAAAGUCUGAAGAAGGUGAUUAAGUUUCUUCACAGAUUUACAAUGUAUAGAUUAUACCAGAAACUCUUUUUAGAAAUGAUAGGGAACCAAGUUAAAUCAGUGAAAGUAAGAUGUGUCUAAUUCAAGAUAUUUUUGGUUCCCCAUUGACUAUUUUUCCCUAAUUACUGCCAGCAGUAAUUAAACUGGACCGUUGUUGCCCUACAUUAUGUCUUACUAUUUAUAGAAAUGCCUGACUGGAAUAGCUCUAAGUCUUUUGCAGUGUUUUUGGAAGUUUUUUUUUAAAU